AUGGCGCUCUCUCAACCUGGCUCACAUCAUCAAACCUCUAUGAGCUUUCCUCGGGCAGUUGGUCGUCACUCUGCGCUAUUCACUGCUUUAAUUGAUCAGGAACGGGGUACUAUCGCUGCAUUUUACAAUGCAAAAUUGGCGGAAGUCGAAGGCCAAUUAAAAGCAGCCCUUGAUGAGACGGAAUUUCUUCGGAUGAGGAACUCUAAAACGAGUCUGUCGCAACAAAAGCUGCAGCAACAGUUAGAGGUAACGAAGCAAACUGGUAGAGACGAGGUACGGCGUACGCGAAGCGUUGCGAGGGUAUUGAUUUCCUUCUUACGUAAAUGCGCUGCGAAGCUUGAUGCUGUUCAGGAAGAGUCGAAGAGACAGCUAGCGGCCCUUGAGGACAAACAGUUCACACGGAGGGAGCUGGAUGCGAUAUGUGCGGGCUAUAUCUCUCAGGUGCAAGCACUCGAGCGGGACAGACAGGAUGCGCUGGAGGCGAAAAGCAGUGCGAUGCGCGAGGCCAAUAAUUUCAAGGCGACAAUUGUCCAACUGGAGGAAUCAUUGGCGGAGGCCAACACCGCGAAUUCAUCACUGAGGAAAUACGCUUUUACGUUUAGGGAGCAAAAGCUUGCUUUAGAGAGGGAGCUUUCGAACGUCAGAGAAAGCAGCAAAGUAGAGCAGCAUCAUCUUUCGCAGGAAAUAGCGCAGCUCCAGCGAGACUUAACAUCUUGUUCGGAGAAAGCCAUCCACGAUGCUUCCAGUCAUGAAUCUAAAGUGAAGGAGGCCGUAGAGCGGACGAAUACUUUAUUGCGACAGCUCGAGCGCGAGAGACGCGAAUCGGGCUCAAUAUUUAUUGCCCUCCGACGUCAGGCAGAGGGGGCAUCGUUAGCCUCUCAACAAAAAGAUCAUCAACUAUCUUCUCUCCGCGCUCAGCACUUACAAACAGAAAUCGCUUUAGCCGAAGCGACGCAGAAAAUUGAGCGAUACGCUCAGGAAGUAGGGGACCUCAGGAGCGCUUUAUCGAGAACGGAAAUCGCCUGUAGAACAGUCGAGACAGAACGUGAUACUGCUCUUUCUUCAAUAGAGAGAGGUACUCCUGCUGCCGAAACUUGCUCCGUUUUACAGGAAUUAGUUGUUUCUCUUGCCUUCCUACGUAGAAGUCAGCUAUCCGACGUUCGGGCUCACGCAGAACAACAGAUGGCGGAGCUUCGCCGUCAGCUUUCCAUAGUCCAGGAGCAAGGCCAAUUGGAAAGGAAGGCUUUAGAUAAGCGCAUAUCCGAACUCGUUGCUGUGCUUUAUCACCAUGAGUUCGGCUCAUUCGAUUUAGAAUUGGACGUUUUGAAGCCUUCUCCCAAGCUUGUAUCCCUCUGGGAAGCGAUACACGAGCUGAUUCCGGUUACCCAGCGUCAAACGGCUUGUUUCCCGAAAUUCCUCACAGAGGACACUGCUGCCGUCAUACCUGCGAUUUCCACUCUUGUUGACCAGCUUCGAUCCCAUUCCAAGGAUGUACACAAUCUGCAACUGGCUCUAGCUGAGAGGGACCAGCGAAUAGAUUUACUUCGAGAUGAACUUGAGGUGAAGCGAAUGAUAGAAUUUUCACCAACUGUGGUUUCCACAAUUGUGCCUGGCAACAUAACAGAAGCGGAGAGACCAUUUCUAGAAACUACUGGUUUGAAUCUUUCCGUAGUCGAUCCGGAACACCUUCCAUUCUCCGAGAAUAUUUCCUCAAAGUCCGUCGAUGUGUUAGAAAUAUCCAAAAAAAUUUCAGACGGAGACACGACUACUACAACAUCACCGAAACGCAAAAGACGACCUCCCGAAAAGGACUCUAAAUCGGCAAGAAAGGUACCUUGGACAGAAUCACCCCCCAGUCCGCCAAAUUCUGAUGCGAAGACGACAUUAGUAAUAAAACGUUCACGAGAGUCCCAAAACGACUCGACGGGCGAGCGUAACCCCCACAAGCGAUCCAGAAAAGAUAAAGAAACUGUUGCUCUUACUUCGACUUCUACUCCAGCUGGUUCCAGCACUGGCUCUCCUACCGUGGCUCCAGGUCGGAAAUUUGCUUAUGUGGAAAUUAUCAGUUCGAGAAAACCAUCCUCCUCACGAAGCAGAAUCCGCACCAGCGGCGUCGGCCCUACUUCUUCUGCGACUGACUCUUCCACAGAGAACGUAACGGCUAUGAACACCGUGUCAAAAAAUCGUAGAGUGACUACGAUGAGACCGGCUGGUAUUAUACGCAAAGUCUCGCCUGAGGUGCUCUGA